UUUAACCAAGGAUCUGGCUGGGGCUGGGCUGACGUAUAAAUAAAGUUGGAAAUCCCUCCCAUACAUCAUGAUGAUGAUACAGAUAAGGGUUUGAGUUGAGGUAUGGCAAUGGCAAUGAAUGUAAAUUAUCCAACAAUCUCCUCUCUGCAUACUACUACAAAUCUUCAUUCGAUCAACACACAACGCCCUUCCACCUUCUCUAUACAUUCCAAGGCCAACGACAACAACGGGCUUCGUCGGAGGAUAUGGAGGAGAAGAAAAUUGACAAAAAAGGAUGAGAUGAUUCAAUACGCCCAGGAAAGAACCCCAUUCGUGGAAGAGCAGGUGAGGGACAUAUGGGAGACUGGAAAGCUGGUGGGGUAUGACAUAGAGCGCUUGAAGCUCCGGGAGGAUAAUAUCUUUGCUUUUGUCCGCAACUUGGCUGCUGAGGCCAAUGACUUGGUGGAGCAAAACAAAGAUGAAUAUGGGGGGAAAAAGAAAGCCAUUCUUCACGCAAUAAGCAAUAGGAUGAACGAUCUCGGGUUUUAUCGACCAGAGGCCUAUAUGCGAACUGAUCCCUUCAAGCAUAUCACCAAAAUGGAUACCCAUCACGAUGAUGAUGAGUAGAUCCAUCUCAUCUGCUUGGGGUUUUUUUAUGCUUCAUUUGUAUGCCAUUUUUAUUGUAAUAGUGUUGUAGAGAAAAGAGAUGAUGAACUCACUGGUAGGGGUGUCGCCUCUUUCUUCUUCUUCUUCUUUUUCGUUAUUAGAAGUUUGUAUUAUUCUUGAUAAGAUUUUAGGAUUUUAAUGGUAAGAGAAUGAUCACAUUCACCACCGUGAUGUUAAACUCAAAUACUUGAUUUUAUUUGAUUAGUUAUAUGAUUGACAAUUUUUAGUAA